AUGGGCGAAGCCGGAACCGCUCCCCCGUCUUACAAUAUACCGCCUCCUUCGUAUGGUGAGUUUUUAAAAAAAUAUUUUUUUGAAAGUUUUUUUCACCUUUAAAAAAAUCUGGAAUUAAUUUUUUUCUAAAGAGACGUAGCGGUUAUAAGCGCAAGUUUCAGAUUCGUUCCUUUUUUAAAAAAAACGAAAAAAAUAUAAUUCGAAAAGAGAUAAAAAAACGUACAAACCGCUGGUAUAAAAAAUCAUCGUUCGAUUCAAAUCGCUGGCGUUCGUAAGCUCCCCUCGCCGGAAGUUUUUCAAUUUAACACUUAAAAUUUCGAAGUAUAUCAAAAGAGCAUUGAUAAAGAUUAAAAAGCGUAAAAGUGUCAGUUACUGAGCAAAACACAUGAAUUUCCAUUAAAAAAAAACUUGUCCAAUAAGUAAGAAUAAAUCUAAAGUUUCUGAAGGAUCGCCAUGGUGAAUUGAAGCACUACUGAUCCCUGAGACCUUAUUUGAAAACGUUAAAAGCAGAACGGCGCAAAAAAUCUUAUAAAAAUAUAGAAAUAUUGAAAAAAAAGGAAAAAAGGAAUGCGCGGAGAUUAAAAUGCAAGUGGUUGUCUGUAAUAGACACUGGCACAGACUGCCGUCCAACCGUAACCUCAUUUUUUUCGUUUUUUUCUUUCCGUUUUGUAUUUUUAUUCGUUUUAUAACUUUGUUAUUCUACAAGACGCCUUUAAUUUCAGUGGUUAUUUGAUAAGUUGCACCGGAAAGCGCUUUGCGUCACAGCGGAAAACUAUGUUUAAAGCCUAUUUUUUUGAAUAUUCACAGCUAGCUCAUGAAGUUGCUAACAGUUUGAAAAUAUCAAAUUACAGACGAUGUCACAUCAGGAACCUAUCCUCAGCCUCCACCCCCACCACCUGCUCAGCCUUCCGUUCAAAGUAACACAUUAAAUCAAAGCAGGUAAGAUUUUUCUUUUUUUAAUUAUUUUUGUUUCAUAAUUAUUCAUAAGCUUUCAGUUAGUUUGACAUAAAGUUUAUCAAAUUUGCUUGAAAAUUUUUUUCGAUUGAAAAUUCGUUCUUAUUAUAAAUAAAUUCCAUGUGAGCUUUUUGAGGAAUCUAAUUUUUUAACAAGGUUUCUGGUCAAAAUAGAAAAAAAGAUUGAAUUAACUUAUAUUGGAGAUUUUUGAGGGAUAUCGUGCGCUUAUUGCACUUAAGCCACGCCCACUGGAUUCAUCAGUCAUUUUAGAACAACUGUGAACAACUACCGUAUUUAUGUGAUACCUGAACGAACCGUCCGAGUUCGGCCAACCGUCCGCGUCGAUCCAGGUGGGGUUUGAAUUAUUUUCCUCUUUUCAAAUUCUUUGAAAAUUCGAGCUUUUUCCUUUUUGCUCAAUUCUGUUCACUUUCCAAUCAUACCCACAAGUUUUAAAUCGUGAAUUUCUAAUUUUUCUUUAUAACGUCCGCUUUUUUCAGCUCUGCGAGCCAGACGAGCUCGUGAAAUCCAAAGGAGACGGAUAA